CUCUGUGGGUAAAAGCCUCUGGUUCUUAUCUCUCUCUCUCACAUCAGUUUGAAUCGUCGUACAGAAACAAUGUCCGCAAUAAUGCAACUGUUUAUCAUUGGCGUCAGUCUGAUCGGACUUUUACUUCUGUGUUCUGCAGACCCUCUGCCCACUGAAGUCUCAGACAUGAACAACAGCACAGAUCAAAUGAAUGCAUCCACCUUCCUGUACUUUGCCUAUGGAAGUAACCUUCUCAAGGAGCGUCUACAGCUCAGGAAUCCAUCAGCAAUUGUAUACUGUGUGGCCAAGCUAAAGGACUAUAAACUGGCCUUUGGAAACCACAAAGGUGUGGCGAGCCAACGCUGGCAGGGAGGUGUAGCGACUAUUGAACGCAGCCCGGGGGAUGAGGUGUGGGGAGUGGUGUGGAGGAUGAAUAUAUCAGAUAUGGAGUCUUUAGACAGUCAGGAGAGUGUUAAAAUGGGAAUGUAUAGCCCGAUGGAUGUGUCCGUCUCCACCAUUGACCAGGAUCUCAGCUGUCGGACUUACAUCAUGAACAGCUGCGUGUAUGCUCCUCCUUCACCGCAGUAUCUGGAGGUGAUUGUGAUGGGUGCAGAACAGAACGGAUUACCAGAGGACUACCAGGAGAAACUCAGGGCUAUCGAAACCAACAAAUACGAGGGUUCCCUUCCUAUGAUGAACAAACUGAAGAAAGCUAUGAAAAAAUCUAAGGAACAGACUAAAGAGAUGCUGUCUGAUGAUUAGUGUUGGAUUUACUGAGUCUCUAUAGAAGAGCACUGCAUGCAUCAACAUAAAAAUCAUGCAGUGUUAGUAAUGUAUGGUAGCAAAUAUUAAAUUGCAAAUAAUACA